GUGUUCCGGCCGAUCCCACCUCUCCUCGACCCUGGACGUCUACCUCCCGGAGGCCCAGAUCUUGCCCACUCCGCGCGCGGGGCUAGCGCGGGCUUCAGCGACGGGAGCCCUCAAGGGACAUGGCAACUACAGCGGCGCCGGCGGGCGGCGCCCGAAAUGGAGCUGGCCCGGAAUGGGGAGGGUUCGAAGAAAACAUCCAGGUAAUGGCCCCAAGGCACCAGCUGCCAGCAACCGGAGGGCCGGCGAUGUCCAGAAGUGUCUUGGGGAUUCCCCCUCUGGGCCUGGAAGUCCGCUCCAUUUACAAAACUCUCUUCUUUGGGUCUUCGUGCACACUAAAGUCAGUGGAUUUACAUUGACCUGAAAGGGCCAGACUAGUACUCCAGCCUGAGGAUCUCGGGUUUCAGGGCCCGCCCGAGGCAUUAGGAAGAAGCAGUGGAAGAACAAAGCCCUAAACCCUGGGAUGAGCAGAGGACUUAAUGGAUGGAACAGAAAAGUCCUGCACUCUAGGAGCCAUUGUCUUCACAGGGCGGAGGCUCAGCUGUGAUUGACAUGGAGAACAUGGAUGAUACCUCAGGCUCUAGCUUCGAGGAUAUGGGUGAGCUGCAUCAGCGCCUGCGCGAGGAAGAAGUAGACGCUGAUGCAGCUGAUGCAGCUGCUGCUGAAGAGGAGGAUGGAGAGUUCCUGGGCAUGAAGGGCUUUAAGGGACAGCUGAGCCGGCAGGUGGCAGAUCAGAUGUGGCAGGCUGGGAAAAGACAAGCCUCCAGGGCCUUCAGCUUGUACGCCAACAUCGACAUCCUCAGACCCUACUUUGAUGUGGAGCCUGCUCAGGUGCGAAGCAGGCUCCUGGAGUCCAUGAUCCCUAUCAAGAUGGUCAACUUCCCCCAGAAAAUUGCAGGUGAACUCUAUGGACCUCUCAUGCUGGUCUUCACUCUGGUUGCUAUCCUACUCCAUGGGAUGAAGACGUCUGACACUAUUAUCCGGGAGGGCACCCUGAUGGGCACAGCCAUUGGCACCUGCUUCGGCUACUGGCUGGGAGUCUCAUCCUUCAUUUACUUCCUUGCCUACCUGUGCAACGCCCAGAUCACCAUGCUGCAGAUGUUGGCACUGCUGGGCUAUGGCCUCUUUGGGCACUGCAUUGUCCUGUUCAUCACCUAUAAUAUCCACCUCCACGCCCUCUUCUACCUCUUCUGGCUGUUGGUGGGUGGACUGUCCACACUGCGCAUGGUAGCAGUGUUGGUGUCUCGGACCGUGGGCCCCACACAGCGGCUGCUCCUCUGUGGCACCCUGGCUGCCCUACACAUGCUCUUCCUGCUCUAUCUGCAUUUUGCCUACCACAAAGUGGUAGAGGGGAUCCUGGACACACUGGAGGGCCCCAACAUCCCGCCCAUCCAGAGGGUCCCCAGAGACAUCCCUGCCAUGCUCCCUGCUGCUCGGCUUCCCACCACCGUCCUCAACGCCACAGCCAAAGCUGUUGCGGUGACCCUGCAGUCACACUGACCCCACCUGAAAUUCUUGGCCAGUCCUCUUUCCCGCAGCUGCAGAGAGGAGGAAGACUAUUAAAGGACAGUCCUGAUGACAUGUUUCGUAGAUGGGGUUUGCAGCUGCCACUGAGCUGUAGCUGCGUAAGUACCUCCUUGAUGCCUGUCGGCACUUCUGAAAGGCACAAGGCCAAGAACUCCUGGCCAGGACUGCAAGGCUCUGCAGCCAAUGCAGAAAAUGGGUCAGCUCCUUUGAGAACCCCUCACCACCUACCCCUUCCUUCCUCUUUAUCUCUCCCACAUUGUCUUGCUAAAUAUAGACUUGGUAAUUAAAAUGUUGAUUGAAGUCUGGAA